AUGAAGACAAAUAAAGAGUCGCUAUCGUGGGAUAAUUUACGUUUUGAUCUAGAGCCAUGGCUAAAAAAUGCUAUACACUCGUUAGAGUAUCCGACAAUGACUCCAGUACAAGCAUCGACUAUCCCAUUAUUAAGCGGGAACAAAGAUGUUAUAGUUGAAGCAGUAACUGGGUCAGGUAAAACACUUGCUUAUGUCAUACCAGUAUUACAAAAAGUGUCUAAAGUAUUGUAUCUGGUACCAGAAGGCGAAGAUAGACCCGAGACUUUGAAAAGGGGUCAUGUGUUAGCUAUUGUAAUGGCUCCCACGAGAGAACUUUCCAAGCAGAUUCAAAUGGUGUUUGAUAAGGUACUUGGGUAUUUGCCAGAGGAAAUGACACCAGUGAUUAAAACACAGUUGCUUGUAGGGUCAUUGGGAAACGUAAGGGGGGAUCUCGAAUUUUUUCAACAACAUCAGCCACAGAUAUUGGUAGCUACCCCUGGUCGACUAUUGGAUUUCAUCAUGUCCUCAAAAUAUGUCAAGACCUCAUCUUUAGAGAUUGUUGUUUUGGACGAGGCAGAUAAAUUGCUUGAUUUUUCAUUUGAAACUGAUGUUGUCAAGAUUUUGAAGCAAUUGCCAAAACAACGCAGGACUGCUUUGUUUUCAGCAACUAUAUCUGCUGCAGGUGAUACGAUCUUUAGAACUGGAAUGAACAACCCAGUCAAAUUACAAGUGAAAACAAAGAGUCUUAUGGGAGAACUAAAUAAUAGUGCUCCUACGUCGUUACAGCUUUCUUAUAUGAUGAUUGAUCCAGAAUACAAAUUGACGACUGUAUUGCAAAUGUUGCAUAGUUUUGUGUUUAAAAAGGUUAUUGUUUAUCUACCUACAUGUUCUUUUGUCAAGCAUCUUUACCAAAUGGUAACAAAAUUAGUAGACACUCAAGAGUUGAAAUUCUUUUCACUAUAUGGGCAGUUAAGUACAAAGUCGAGAUUAAAAACUUUGGAGAGUUUUAUUGAGGGGAAUGACGAUAGCACAAAAUAUGUAUUGGUGACUACAGAUGUUGCCGCUAGAGGUAUAGACGUUCCAGAUGUUGAUCUAGUAAUACAAAUGGAUCCACCUUUGGAUCCUAAUGUGUUUAUUCACCGUUGUGGAAGAACAGGAAGGGCAAACAAAGUAGGUCGAGCCAUAGUAAUGUUGAAUAACGAUACCCAAGAAGAAGACUAUGUUGGGUUCAUGGAAGUGAAGAAUAUUUUCAUGACCAAAAUGGAGCCACCAAGAAAUCCUAACCACGAUAAAUUCUAUAAAGAUGUGCGCAAAUAUAUCCUUGAAGAUAGGGCAAGACAUGAACUUGCAGUUAAGUCCUAUGUUGGGUUUAUACGAUAUUAUUCCAAACAUAUCGCUAGUCUGAUUUUCCGAAUGGCAAGUUUAGACUACUUGGCAAUUGCCAAGAUGUAUGGUUUAUUAAGACUACCGAAGAUGCCUGAAUCAAAGUAUAUUGACAAUGCGCAAAUGCCCCAGGAUGGUUGGCUAGGCGACGUUAUAGAUAUGGAUCAAUACGCAUAUGCUGAUAAGUUGCAGGAAAAGUCAAGAUUGGAGAGUUUAAAAAAGGACAAAUUGACGAAAGCUGCAACUGCAAAGAGAAGAAAGGAGUUGAAGGCAAAGAAUGAAGCGUGGUCCAGUAAGACUGAUAAAAAAGAGGCUAAAUUGGAGAGGAAGGAGAAAUUGAAGAGGAAAAGGGAAGCUAUUGAAAAGCAACUUAUCCAGGAAGAUGGACGUGGUGGUGCUAAUGAUGAUGAUGAUGAUGAUGAUGAGACAAAGGAGGAUUGGAAGGAUAUGAUAAGAAAGAAUAAGCAGGAGAAGAAGAAGAGGAAGAAGAAGAAUGACUCUGCGGUGCAGGGUUCUUUCGAUGAUCUAUAA